AUGGGCGCGUGAGUGUCCAUUUCGGAAAGGAGUUUACGUAAUUCCUGACGGAAACAGCCGCAUACAAGUUCGCUCAUUUGAAGGUUACAAAAUUAAUAUUGUCUUCUUCUUCACUGCCUCUCGUACACUGUUUUCCCUUUCUCGUCUUGAUGUACGAGACACAGACACACAGAUGAGACCGAGACCAAAGUUUCGUUUUGCAACUUUACGCUGAUAUUUGCAUCGUUUGCACGUUUCCACUGUGGGGAUCAUCUGAAGAUCUAUCCCAGUGUCGAAACGGUCCUGCCUUGUGAAAACGGGAUGAAUCAAUUUCAACAUGGGUGUAAAGGGACUACAAUCGUUUUUGGAGAGGGUUGUACCCGGAGGAUGCACCGAGCUAAACAUACAGGAAAGGGCAGAUGCGCACCGUGCUCACUGUCCUCAAGGAACAAGACCAACGAUUGUCGUGGAUGGUUUGAGCCUGAUUAGAUGGAUUUACUCAUGUGCAACUGACUACAUCUUUGGUGGGCCUUGGAAUGAUCUGUGUACAGCAGUGAAGCACUUUGUGCAGCAGUUCGAGAAUGCAGGGAUCAGCCUUGUGUUCAUUUUCGAUGGUUGCAUUCCCAAAGUGAAGAUGACUGAGUGGGUAAUGCGGAGGGCAUUACGGGUCAAGGAGGUUGCUGAAAUGUACCAGAAGCUGCAUUCCGGUACAUGGAGCCCAGAUUACAAUAAUGCAUAUCAGUGUCCAUCAGGCACGGGAUAUACAUUUUCAUUUGCAGUCAAGUUCCUCACAUUAUGUAAGGUGAUUCGUUCAGUGGAAGAUUGUGACAUAGAGGUUGCUCGUUAUGCAGAGACCCAUGCUGAAUGCUUUGCAGUACUUACUCAAGAUUCAGACUUCGCUAUAUUUAAUCUGCAUGUCACCUACCUAUCAGUCCUUCAUUUGAACUUGGAAUGUAUGACGACCCGUGCAUACCACGGUGACGCCCUUGCCAAUCAUUUGGGGCUAGAUCGUAAAGUCUUGCCACUCUUUGCGUGCCUUGCUGGGAAUGACAGCGUCAACAGAGAAAUGCAUCUGGCACGGUUUCAUGGUUCGCUUGGCUACCCAGUUCAUCAGAGGUUUCAUCUAAAUGCAUGUUACAAGAAGCUUGCUGAUGUUAUACGAAAAGAGGGCUGGAGUCUCAACCUGGAGCCAAAGGUUGCCCGUAAAACUGGAGUUCCCCUCCAUGUUUUACAACAUGGUAUUUCUGAGUAUGAUCUACAGCAGCCACCUCUGUGCCUUCGUCCCCCACCAGAAAUUGACCCUGAAAGCUGGUGUACUGCUGUGAAAUGCUACAAAGAUCUCAGUGUUUUCCCAGGACUACUUCAAAUUCUCUAUGGAAAGGAGCUCUUUCUUAGUGAAACCACUGAAGAACUACUGGGUCCGCAUAUUCCCCCAGCAUACAGCUGUUUUCGACCAAUUAGACGCAGAGUGUAUUGGGUAUUAUUUGGAGGAAGGCAGUCAGUGGAGAUCAUAGAGCAUACAGCUUAUCCUUUCGAUAUAGGAGUUAGGCAUGAAAGAGUCUCACCAACACCUUUCAUUCCCAGAGAAGCCAUUCCUACAUUACAUGAGCUGUGGAGUGGCCAAGACAACCUCCAGCAUGUGAAAUGGCAACUGUUUUAUGGCUGUCUAGGAGUUAGGUUCAGUUUGGCAGACCUGGCUGCCAUUCCUGCACGAUUUGUUCACUUAUGUUGUGCUGUCAACAUUAUGCUGGCAGCAAGAGUUGUGGAACAGUGGGAGGCUAUGGCAUUCCUUGUUCAAGCUAUGGUGCCACCCCAUAUUUCGAGCCAGUGUUCACAGGUCAAGAUUGAGCGGUGUCGUAUUCACCCCAGGAUAGUUAGCCUUGCGACUUACUUUAUGAUGGGAGUGCAAGCAGUCACCACUGCCUUAAGUGCCUGUGGACAUCCCCUUCCAUUGGAACAGGCUCUGCCGUGGCUCUAUUUUGAUGGGAAGGUUUUCCAUGUGCUCUACCAGGAGCUUGAAGCUGGCCGAAGUGUGGAUUCCAUUUUUGAGAAUAAUGUACAGUGCUUGGAAGUUUUCUACAGGCUGUGGCGUAUCACAUCGAUGUAAUGAGCAUCCUACACAGAGCAUUACCCAUCGUGUAUCAUAUCUGCAUCUUUCCAGCGCCAAGUUCAAUUACUAUUUGAAGCCUAUAUCAAACAUGUAUUUUAUGGUUUUACUACGUGUGUAUUAAAAAUACUUUCUUCUUUUUA